AGGGGGGAGAGAGAGAGAGAGAGGGAGAGAGAGAGCCCAUCUUCACUUCUUCUUCUUCUUCUUCUUCUGCUGCUGCUGCUGCUGCUGCUAUUCAGAAGCUUCUCCAGCCGUUGAAAUUCAUCCAUCGCGAUGGAUGGAAGAGAAGCAACAACUUCGGCAGUUCCAGAAUCAGUGCUGGAACCUAUAAACAGAACCCUACUCAAAGUAGAAGAGCUGAAACCCAACUUCCUCGAAUUCAUGGCCCACUUCGAUCCAGACGUUCUGACCGAAAUGGCCCCGCUCAGCCGGGCCCACGCCCUCCUCGUCCUCGCCAAGGCCGUUUCCACCCUCUUCACAUUGCGGUUGCGAUGCAGCGGAAUUCACCCUGAUGACCAUCCUGUUAAAACAGAGAUUGAGAGGCUAAGAUUGUACGAAGAGAAACUCGAGCGAUAUAAUGGUUGGAGUAAAGAGCCACUGCGACCUUCUACUACAAUAAACUAUCAAGCAGCAACUCGUUUCAUUGAGCAUUCUUUGCCUGAUCUAACAGCAGAACAGAAGCAAAGUAUGCAGGAUAUCAGUAGAAGGGAGGGGCGUAAGAGCAGUUUUCAUGAGCACCGGGGCUCCCGCAAGAAGAGGAAGGGCCCGUCAUCUGAGAAACACCAAUCUGUUCGAGAUGCUGCACGGGAGUUCCUCGAGAAGGCAACACGGGAGCUUCUCGGUGCUGAAGAUGAUGUGAGGGGGCCUCUGAGAAAUCAGAGUUUGGAUGAAGAAGAUUUGUCGAUGAUGAGUUGAUGGUUAUUCAGUCAUCCAGGUUCGAAUUGAUGCUUAUGUCCACCCCAUGCCUUAUUGUAGCAGGAUAGUGUGCCACUCAACAUUUACCCUUUCUUUGUGUUGAGAAUGCUAUGAUUUUUACUUGUUUUG